CGAACAUCUUCCGCCAAUCGCCAACAUCCAUCUCCUCGUGUGUUACGCUGUGCUGCUGUCUUCCGUGCCAUUAUCCGUGCCGAGCGGAGCUGAGUUGCGCUGAGUGAACAGAUACACCGACACCCCCCCCCCCCCGACAGACAGACGCCAUGCCUGCAAAGCAGAAGGAGGACCUGUUGAAGGUCGUGGACACGCACGGCGCGUGCUUCAGCCGCGAACUGGCGGCAGAGUGGAAAGUGCACCACGAUGUCAUUGUUGGCUUCAUGAAGAGCAUCCAGUCCUACGGCGACAUCCUGGAAACAAAGGAGAACAAGGUCGAGCGCUGGGAGGUGACUGCAGAAGGCGCCAACGUCAUUCUUCAUGGCAGCCCGGAGGUGGCAGUCGCAUCUCGCGCCACACCCGAGGGCCGUUCCCGCGACGAAAUCUUCGCGGAGGUUGGACAGAUGGGCAACGUUGGUCUGGGCAAGGCCAUCAAGCUCAAGUGGAUCAAGACGGAGAAGAAAGGCGACCAGACCAUCGUCACCCGCAUCGCGGAGGACUUGAAGGACACGGUGAAGGAGCAGCUGCAGGCGAUCCAGGCGGACGACGCGGACAUGCUGAAGAACACAGCCGUCCUCAAGGACCUCAAGAAGCGCAAGCUCAUCGAGAAGAAGCAGUUUACGACGUACGCAAUCUCCAAGGGCCGCGAAUUCUCCCUCACCCUCGAGAAGAGGGAGGCAGACCUGACGCCGGAGAUGCUGGCCGACGGGUCGUGGCAGACGACCAAGUUCAAGCAGUUCAACCUGCAGGCACUGGGCACGCCCGUCAACUAUGCUGCGCUGCACCCGCUGAUGAAGGUCCGCACGGAGUACCGCCAGAUUUUCCUCGAGAUGGGAUUCGAGGAGAUGCCCACCAGCCGCUUCGUCGAGAGCGCCUUCUGGAACUUCGAUGCGCUGUUCCAGCCGCAGCAGCACCCGGCCCGCGAUGCACACGACACCUUCUUCAUGAGUCUUCCCGAGAAGUCGACCGACUUUCCCCCAGAGUAUCUUGAGCGCGUGAAGCAGACGCACGAGAACGGCGGCGGCUAUGGCAGCCAGGGGUAUGAGUACGACUGGAAGCUUGAGGAGGCGCAGAAGAACAUCCUGCGCACGCACACGACGGCCGUUAGCGCUCGCAUGCUGUACAAACUCGCACAGAACAAGCCGUUCAAGCCCGUGAAGUACUUCUCGAUUGACCGCGUGUUCCGCAACGAAACGCUCGACGCCACACAUCUCGCCGAGUUCCACCAGAUUGAGGGCGUGAUUGCGGAUUACAACCUGACGCUCGGGGAUCUCAUUGGGACGCUGGAGUCGUUCUUCAAGCGGCUUGGCAUUGAGGACCUUCGCUUCAAGCCGGCGUACAACCCGUACACGGAGCCCUCCAUGGAGGUCUUCUCCUACCACAAGGGGCUCGACAAGGUCGUCGAGAUUGGCAACUCAGGCAUUUUCCGACCGGAGAUGCUGCGGCCGAUGGGCCUGCCGGAGGACGUCGUCGUCAUCGCGUGGGGUCUCUCCCUCGAGCGGCCCACGAUGAUCAAGUACGGGUACUCCAACAUCCGCGACCUCAUUGGCCCAAAGGUCAACCUCCUCGCUGCAAAGGAGAAGCCAAUCGUGCGCAUCUGAGCGCCCCCCCCCUCCGUUGCCCUGUUGGCGAUGAUGGGUGGUGUUUGCUGCUCGCGUUGCUCUUGCCAUCAUUGUCAUCGUUGCAAUCGUUUCCAUUGUUUCCGUUCUUCACCGUCGUAGUUUCCCCCCUCUGCCCCCUUUGUUCUUGUGCAUGUGUGUGUAUGUGUGUCUGGUCUUGCUGCACAGUUCUUCUUAGCUACACGUGCAAAUGUGAGUGCGAGUCUCUUCGUCUAGUUGGUUGGUUUGUCUUUAAACACACCGUUGAACAGCGGGUCAACAACCAUCCUAGCGUGAAUGAACAUCCUAGCGUGGG